AUGGUCACCAGCACAGCAGCCGUACUCACAGCAGCGGUGGCCCUCGCCGGCCCCGCCGCGGCCAGCUACGCCUUUUACGUGGGCAGGGACCUCACGGCCGACGGCAGCGUCAUGGUGGGCGGCACGGGCGAGGAGGUGUCGUCGCACUGGCUGCAGCUGUUCCCGGCGCGCGACCAUGGGGCCAACGCCACCGUCACGGUGGGCGUGACGCCGCAGGCCAGCAUCCCCGGCGAGCUGUUCCAGAUCCCGCAGGUCAGCCACACGUUUCGCUACCUGUCCAUGGAGUACUCGGACUUUGAGGGCUUCCCGGCGCCCCUGACCAACGGCGGCGUCAACGAGCACGGCGUCGCCGUCCGCGACGUCUGGGCGCAGAACCGCGACGAGCUGGUCGCCAUGACGCCCACGCCCCAGCGCGGCGUGCAGUACAGCGACCUGGCCAGGAUCGUGCUCGAGCGGGCCACGACGGCCAGGGAGGGCGUCGAGAUCAUCGGCAGGCUGAUGGAUCGGUACGGCGAGGCGACCUACGGCGGCAACACGCACCUGGUCGCCGACAAGGACGAGGGCUGGGUCGUGUGGGAGAUGGCCGGCGGCAAGAAGCUGUGGGCCGCCGAGCGCCUCAAGAGCGACGUCGUGCGCGUGCUGUACCCCGGCUACAUCGAGGACUUCCCCGUCGAUUUCGCCAACAGCUCCGACCACAUGGGCUCGGCCAACAUCGUCUCGUUCGCCGUCGAGCAGGGGUGGUGGGACCCCGAGGGCGGCGAGGCCUUCAACAUCUUCAACGCCUACGGCGACAGGGGCGGCAACAAGACGGCGCGCGACGGCGGGUUCAAGUUCAUGUCGCAGGCGGCGCUGGAGGAUGCCACGCUGGCCAUGAAGCCGCUCACGGAGGAGAAGCUGAUGGAGCGGGUGCGCGACGUGCGCAUCUCGGACGACGAGGCCGGCUACGGACAGGUGCUCAGCCUCAAGGCGGGCGUGGACCGCGACCUGCUGCGGGUCUGGAUCGCGCCCACGGGGUCCGUCGCGGCGCCGUUCGUGCCGUGGUGGCUCGGGGUCGACGGCAUCCCGCCCGAGUUUGGCGAGCACCGCUACCUGACCACGGGGGCGUCGAGCAGCUUCCUGAACCCGGACUUUGAGCUGCAGGAGGCGAGCGAGUUCGCCGGCAGGAUCUUCAAGAGGGUCCUGUAUUACAUGUGCUCCGCCCCCGACGCGUUCCAUCCCGUGGUCACCAGCAUGUUGACGGGAUUUGAGAACCAGAGCCGGAGCGACGUUGACUGGGUGCAGAAGAGCGCCGAGCUGCUGAUCAAGUCUGGCGAUCGACAGACGGCCAGCAGGCUCUUGACCUACUAUUCCCACAGCCGUGCGGCCAAAGCCCUCGAGCUGGGCAAGUCCAUGGCUGCUGCGCUGGACGGCUACAUCAAGCUGACGGGACGGUGGAAGAAUCCGGUCGGGAGUGAGAUCAACGAUGCUGGGGAAGGGGCCGAGACCGUCAACUGCUUGGUGGGAUAUGAUCCCGACCAGCCAAUCUGGAAGCAGCCCACAAACCCCAGGAGGAAGAGGAAUGCGGAGAGGGGUAGGAUGAUCUACCAGCGUCCGAGGUUGUAA